ACACAAUGCAGCAUAGCCAAAAGGCAGUACUUACUAACACAAUUACACCACCACAACCACCCUUUGAAAGUGCUUUAAUUAACCUCACCUACAAUUUCACACUCCCUUCCAUUUUUAUACCCUCUGUGCACCCUCUUUACUUAACUUAAUAGUAACCAUCAAUCUCUUCCAACAAUCCUCCAAAAAUGGCCACUCUUACCUCCAACGACCACCUCAUCUUCACUGCUCUAGCAAUCUUCAUAUCAGCCCUAAUUUUCUUCCUCACUCAGAAAACUAAGUCCAAAAAGUGCAACCUCCCUCCAGGGCCCCCCGGGUGGCCUAUUGUUGGGAACCUCUUCCAAGUAGCUCGCUCUGGCAAGCCUUUCUUUGAGUUUGUCAACGAUGUGAGGCUCAAAUAUGGUUCAAUCUUCACCCUCAAGAUGGGGACAAGGACCAUGAUCAUCCUCACCGAUGCAAAGCUGGUCCAUGAAGCUAUGAUCCAAAAGGGUGCUACUUAUGCCACAAGGCCUCCUGAGAACCCCACAAGGACCAUCUUCAGUGAGAACAAGUUCACUGUGAAUGCUGCACUGUACGGCCCCGUGUGGAAGUCUCUCAGGAGGAACAUGGUGCAGAACAUGCUGAGCUCCACCAGGCUGAAGGAGUUUCGCAGUGUUAGGGACAACGCUAUGGACAGGCUCAUCAAGAGGCUUAGAGACGAGGCUGAGAAGAAUAACGGAGCGGUUUGGGUGCUCAAAGAUGCCAGGUUUGCUGUGUUUUGCAUACUUGUGGCCAUGUGUUUUGGUCUUGAGAUGGAUGAGGAAACUGUUGAGAGGAUAGAUCAGGUUAUGAAGAAUGUUCUCAUCACUUUGGAUCCCAGAAUUGAUGACUAUCUUCCAAUUCUAAGUCCAUUUUUCUCAAAGCAAAGAAAGAGAGCCUUGGAGGUUCGUAGAGAACAGGUUGAGUUUCUAGCCCCUAUCAUUGAGCAAAGAAGGAGGGCUAUCCAAAACCCUGGCUCAGACCACACAGCCACAACAUUCUCCUACCUGGACACACUCUUUGACCUCAAAGUUGAAGGAAAAAAAUCAGCACCUUCUGAUGCUGAAUUGGUCUCCCUAUGCUCAGAGUUUCUCAAUGGUGGAACCGACACAACAGCAACCGCGGUUGAGUGGGGGAUUGCACAGCUCAUAGACAACCCUCACAUUCAGAAAAAGCUGUAUGAAGAAAUCAAGAGGACAGUGGGAGAGAAGAAAGUGGAUGAAAAGGACGUUGAGAAAAUGCCUUACCUGCAUGCUGUGGUGAAGGAGCUUUUGAGGAAGCACCCUCCAACACACUUUGUGCUCACACAUGCUGUGACUGAGCCUACCAGUUUGGGAGGGUAUGACAUACCAGUUGAUGCAAAUGUUGAGGUGUACACUCCAGCAAUUGGUGAGGAUCCAAAGUAUUGGUCCAACCCUGAGAAGUUUGACCCUGACAGGUUCAUCUCUGGGGGAGAGGAAGCAGACAUAACUGGGGUGAGAGGAGUGAAGAUGAUUCCAUUUGGAGUUGGGAGAAGGAUUUGCCCUGGCUUGGCUAUGGCCACAGUGCACAUUCACCUCAUGAUGGCUAGGAUGGUGCAGGAGUUUGAGUGGGGUGCUUACCCUCCAGACAAGAAGCUUGAUUUCACUGGCAAGUGGGAAUUUACUGUGGUCAUGAAGGAGUCUCUUAGAGCAACCAUCAAGCCAAGAGGAGAGAAACUGCUAUAAUUGUAAAAUUUUGCUGCUUCAUGCUUUUUAAUACAGACAAUAAUUUAAUAUUAAUUAUGAUAUAUAUACAGCUUCAUCAUCAUCACCACCAGCAUGUUUGAGGUUGAUUUGCACACAACUGCAAGUUUCAUCUCAUCAUUGUGGUCUUAAUUGGUCUGGUUUAAUUUGUUGGAGAAAUUUGUUCUGCAGUUGUCACAAAAGUGGAUUUUAUUAUUGGAUUUUUACUGUCAACUUAUUAUGUGAACAUCCUUUUUGAAGAAA